CCGAAAGCUAUCUGCAGUCACAAUGUUGCGUACGGUGUCGAUAGUCGUAUUCGCCCUCAUCGGUUCUACCCUAGCCGGAGCGCUUCCGAACAGAAUCUAUCUCGGAAGAGGUCGCAUCGUUGGAGGAUCCAAUGCCAUCGAAGGACAAUUCCCCUUCCAGGUAUCACUGCGUUCCUCGGAUGGCAUCCACUUCUGCGGUGGAACGAUCAUCGAUAAUCGAUGGAUUCUGACAGCUGCGCACUGUACCAUUGGAAGAGCACCUACACAAAUGGUGGUGGUAGCUGGAACGCUCCUUCUCAGCUCUGGUGGAACAACUCAUCAGGUUCUUCGGGUUGUUUACCAUCCUCAUUUUAGUCUCACCAGAUGGGAAAAUGACGUUUCACUGGUUGAAUUGACUACCCCGAUUGUUUUCACCAACAAUGUGGGACCCGUUGAGCUGGAGGCGAGUUUCGUGAACGAGGCGUCUGGCGCUCAAGCAGCAGGAUGGGGCCUUACUUCUAAUCCUGGAUCCGCCUCGAACCAUUUGCAGUGGAUUGAAGCAACUAUCAUCUCACUGGCCGCAUGUCGUGAAGCGUACAGCCCUGACAACGCUGACCACGUUUAUGACAACACGAUCUGCACGUCAAGCCCGGUUGGAAUCGGAAUAUGUUCCGGGGAUGCCGGUGGACCGCUGAUGCUCGGCGGGCGUCAACAGGGCAUUGCGUCAUGGGGUGUUCCAUGCGCCGUGGGUUAUCCCGAUGUGUUCGCUCGGGUGUCCUCACACAGAAGCUGGAUUCUGGAGACCGUCGCAUGAGCAAUGAAUUGUGUGGAGAUAGUGACAUAAAAUAAAACUGAGUCAAAAAACCAGACGAUUUUUAUUGCAAAAAAAAGUUGGAUUUAGGCCUAGGGGCACGACCGGAUCUUGACAUAGGACUGUGAUUGUGUUUAGUUAUUGCAUUUGAAUUGAAGGAAGGAAGGUAUUGAAUUAGAGAGACUUUAAACUCUGAGA